AUGUGUCAAGAUCCAGUCACGCUUGUGUCAAAGGACAAUAAGGAAUAUGAAGUAUCACGAUCUGCUGCUAUGGUUUCACCGACCUUAAAGGCCAUGAUUGAAGGCUCCUUUGAGGAAAACAAAGGCCGGAUAGAACUCAAACAGUUUGAUUCUCAUAUCCUAGAAAAGGUUGUAGAGUAUCUGAACUACAACUUCAAAUACGGCGGUACCAACGUGGAAGAAGACGAUGAAGAAGAUGAGAUUCCAGAGUUUGACAUACCGACUGAAAUGUCCUUAGAGUUGUUACUUGCUGCGGACUAUUUGAGUAUCUAA